CUGGCGCGGACCACGCUCUCGCCCGGGUCCGGCGGCCUCAGCGCCCCCCGAAUGAACACCUUCCGCCCGCUGGCCGCCCCGCGAGGCGGGCCGUGUCGUGGCCCCGGUACACGGAGGGGGACGCCGAGGCCCGGAGCAGGGCCCGUCUCGGCCUGUGCUCGGAGCCAGGCGGCAGGGCCCGCGGGCCGGCGGGCGGCGCGGGGACGGCUGCGCUCCCGCCCUCCGCCAGCGCCUGGCGGCCGCCCCACGUGACGGGAAGCGGCGGCUGCGGGGUCGGGCCAGCCCAGGAGCCGCGGGCCGGAGCGGGGCGGCGGGGCCCCAGGCCGCGGGGCGGCGCGGGACGGCGGGCGCCGGCGCCGCCAGUAGACAUGAUGAGCAUCAAAGCCUUUACGCUUGUCUCUGCUGUGGAGCGGGAGCUGCUGAUGGGCGACAAGGAGCGCGUCAACAUAGAGUGCGUGGAGUGCUGCGGCAGGGACCUCUACGUGGGCACCAACGACUGCUUCGUCUACCACUUCCUGUUGGAGGAGAGGCCAGUGCCUGCUGGGCCAGCCACGUUCACUGCCACCAAACAGCUGCAGAGACACUUGGGCUUCAAGAAGCCCGUGAACGAGCUGCGCGCGGCCUCAGCACUCAACAGGCUGCUGGUGCUGUGUGACAACUCCAUCAGCCUGGUCAACAUGCUGAACCUCGAGCCAGUGCCUUCGGGGGCCCGCAUCAAGGGGGCAGCCACGUUUGCACUGAACGAGAACCCUGUGAGUGGGGACCCCUUCUGUGUAGAAGUUUGCAUCAUCUCUGUCAAACGCAGAACCAUCCAGAUGUUUCUGGUGUACGAGGACCGGGUGCAGAUCGUCAAGGAGGUGUCGACUGCCGAGCAGCCCCUCGCUGUGGCUGUGGACGGCCACUUCCUGUGUCUGGCUCUGACCACUCAGUACAUCAUCCACAAUUACAGCACAGGCGUCUCCCAGGACCUGUUUCCCUACUGCAGUGAGGAGAGGCCGCCGAUCGUCAAGAGGAUAGGGAGACAGGAGUUCCUGCUGGCGGGCCCCGGAGGGCUGGGCAUGUUUGCCACAGUCGCAGGGAUAUCCCAGCGCGCCCCCGUGCAUUGGUCGGAGAAUGUGAUUGGGGCGGCUGUGUCCUUUCCAUACGUCAUAGCGCUCGAUGACGAAUUCAUCACAGUCCACAGCAUGUUGGAUCAGCAACAGAAGCAGACGCUGCCCUUUAAGGAGGGCCACAUCCUACAGGACUUUGAAGGAAGAGUGAUCGUUGCCACAAGUAAAGGAGUUUACAUCUUGGUUCCAUUACCUUUGGAAAAACAAAUACAGGAUCUUCUAGCAAGCCGCAGAGUGGAAGAGGCUUUGGUUUUAGCAAAAGGAGCCCGGAGGAACAUUCCAAAGGAAAAAUUUCAGGUAAUGUACAGAAGGAUUCUGCAGCAGGCGGGAUUUAUACAGUUUGCACAACUUCAGUUCCUGGAAGCUAAAGAGCUCUUCAGAAGCGGCCAGCUUGAUGUCCGGGAGCUGAUCUCUCUCUACCCCUUCCUGUUGCCCACCUCCUCCUCCUUCACCCGGUCCCACCCUCCUCUUCAUGAGUACGCAGACCUGAACCAGCUGACCCAGGGGGACCAGGAGAAGAUGGCCAAGUGCAAACGCUUCCUCAUGAGCUACCUGAACGAGGUCCGCAGCACAGAGGUAGCAAAUGGCUACAAGGAGGACAUCGACACAGCCUUGCUCAAACUGUAUGCAGAGGCUGACCACGACAGCCUGCUGGACCUCCUGGUCACUGAGAACUUCUGUCUUCUGACGGACAGUGCUGCCUGGCUAGAGAAGCACAAAAAGUAUUUUGCACUUGGACUGCUCUAUCAUUAUAAUAACCAAGAUGCUGCUGCAGUUCAGUUGUGGGUGAACAUUGUGAAUGGCGAUGUCCAGGACUCCACACGCUCAGACCUGUAUGAAUACAUUGUGGAUUUUCUUACCUACUGCUUAGAUGAGGAGCUAGUGUGGGCCUAUGCUGAUUGGGUCCUGCAGAAAAGUGAAGAGGUCGGAGUUCAGGUUUUCACCAAGAGACCUUUGGAUGAACAGCAGAAGAACAGUUUUAAUCCAGACGACAUUAUCCAUUGCCUUAAAAAAUACCCUAAAGCCCUUGUGAAGUAUCUGGAACAUCUUGUGAUAGACAAGAGACUGCAGAAAGAAGAGUAUCACACCCACUUAGCUGUGCUGUACCUGGAAGAGGUGCUGCUGCAGAGGGCCUCCGCCAGCGGCAAGGGUGCAGAGGCCACCGAGACGCAGGCCAAGCUGCGGCGGCUGCUCCAGAAAUCUGAUUUAUACCGAGUCCACUUUCUUCUCGAGAGGCUGCAGGGAGCUGGCCUGCCCAUGGAGAGCGCCAUCCUGCACGGGAAGCUGGGCGAGCAUGAGAAGGCGCUGCAUAUCCUGGUGCACGAGCUGCAGGACUUCGCAGCGGCCGAGGACUACUGCCUGUGGUGCUCCGAGGGCCGCGACCCACCCCACCGCCAGCAACUCUUUCACACGCUGCUGGCCAUCUACCUGCAUGCUGGCCCCACUGCCCACGAGCUGGCCGUGGCUGCCGUGGACCUGCUGAACCGCCACGCCACCGAAUUUGAUGCAGCCCAGGUGCUGCAGAUGCUGCCUGACACCUGGUCAGUGCAGCUCCUCUGCCCAUUCCUGAUGGGGGCCAUGAGGGACAGCAUCCAUGCCAGGAGGACCGUGCAGGUGGCUCUCGGCCUGGCCAGGUCCGAAAACUUAAUCUACACCUACGAUAAGAUGAAGUUGAAAGGAAGCUCAAUCCGACUCUCAGACAAAAAGCUUUGUCAGAUAUGCCAAAAUCCCUUUUGUGAGCCUGUGUUUGUUAGAUACCCAAAUGGUGGUCUUGUGCACACCCACUGUGCUGCCAGCAGACACACAAACCCCAGCUCAUCCAGUCCUGGCACUCGGACUUGAAAAGCUUGGCCCAAGGGUGCGAGGGGAACUCCAAGUUCUUUCUGAGCCUGCUGGACAUGAAGAGCACAUGACCACCAUGCUCUGUGUCAGCCAGGACGAAGGGAGACAUCUGGGUGCCAGGGAGCCUUCCGUCCAUACGCAACAAGGACUCCUCACUGCUGACCAGGCUCUAUGAAUGUACAUGGAAAACCCCUAAAAAUCCCCAAAACAGAAACAUACAAGAGUUCACCUGUCCAGGUACAUGGUAAUCCAAGACAGAGGUCUACUUUGAAAAAAAAAAAAAGGGGAGUCUUCCUCAUGCAGUCCAGACCCAGGUGGGGGAUCCCUCACCACCCCCACACUCCAACCUUUAGACUCAUGUUUGCACUGGAAACGUGGCUUCACCAUGGCUGGCGACAAAGUCCUCUCUUGCCUGGGUGAGUGGCGAGGGCACAGAGCCUCAUGGGGGUCAGCCUUGCCCUCCUGCAGAGACAUGUUCUCCAUCCACGCCGCUCACUCAUGGGCCCAUUUCCCAGGGUUACCUCGUGGGCUCUGCCUUUGCCCUCAGAAACGGCUGACCCUGGAGAAGUACCUUUGUUCCUUCUUUCUUCCUCUCCGGCUCUCAGCUCCCAAAAGAUUCUGCCUUGUGUACCCAAGCACUCACUCUUGGGUGAACUAAUGCUUCUGGCUGCCUAGCAAGUGAAGAUCUGUUGAGAAACUGAGAACGCUCCAAGAGAGAAGCUGCUCUCCCCGCCUUGAAGAAGCCGCGGACACGGGAAACCCACGGCGGGCAAGGGCCCAGCUGUGUGCUCCUUUCCUGUCAUGGCAUCUGCUGAUUUGAAACUCCAUGAUGAACACGUUGAACUAAACAUUUUUAUUUAAAUUUGUAUCAUGUUCGUAGUUGCUCUCUUGUUGAGAGAGUCAUCUGUCCUGUUUGUUAGGGAUAUUUUUUCUUGUUAAAAUGUACCUCCUGUUGAAUACUCGGGAAAUUCAAAGGGAAGUGUGGUCAGCACACACUGAGCGUUCUUUUCUGGAGAGGCCGGUUUUAGCCUCGCACCUUUAGCAGGACCGACAGCGGGUGGAAGGGCCCGUGUGCUGGACGGGGGUGUCGCCUCCUGGAUGGCACACCCUCCCGAGGACAUCCAGACAGGCUGUGUCACCCUCCAGCACUUUAUGUGCCUGCUCUGAGGUGUCCUGAACACACAGCAACGGCCUCUCCUUCAUCACAGGCCAGGGAUUCCUUUUGUGUUUCUGUAUAACAUCGAUGACGAGCUGAAGCUGUUGUCACUUCACUGCCCUCUUUGGAAUUUCUUCAUUGUGCUGACUGAUUCUAUUAGGGGCUAACAAUAAAGGCAGUCUACCCACUACUAUCAUGCUUGGGAAACAAGCGUCAGCUUGUACAUAUGACAAGAGAGGACCCUGAAUACACCCUCUCUUCAUCAGCCCAAGCCUUACUGAGGUGGGAUGAAGACCUCAUUCUCUGUUCUUUAAAACAUGUUUUGUGAACUAAUAUUGGUCCAUGUAUUUUUUGUCCUUUUGAGACUCUAAGUGGGUCAAGAAGCAAAAACAUCCAUGUGUUGUUUGGGGGGAAUUGGCACCAUUUUUUCCUGACUAUGUUUCAAUUAACUAAAGAAUAAAUGAUGAAGAAAUUCUCCUUGUAGCACAACUGUAUGCUGUGUAAAUUGGUGUGAGCUCAAAGCCCAGUCAUGUGUUUUACCUGUGGGGGACUCUGUUGUAGAAUGGUCAUAUUACUGCAUAUGUUAUCAUGACAACUUGUGAGUUUGAGUUUAUAUUUCUCAAAGAGCAAGUUACCCGUAUACGCAACAUUGCGCCAUUAAAAGCUCUAUUUCUCUGUACACAAAAUGGGUAAAAUCUUGAAAAAGCUUAGCAAUUUCUCAUUCCUAACACACAGACAGAGUCUCACUCUGUCACCCAGGCUGGAGUGCAGUGGUGCAAUCUUGGCUCACUGCAACCUCCACCUCCUGGGUUCAAGCGAUUCUCCUGCCUCAGCCUCCCGAGUAGCUGGGACUACAGGUGCAUGCCACCACGCCCAGCUAAUUUUUGUAUUUUUAGUAGAGACAGGGUUUCACCAUGUUGGCCAGGAUGGUCUCGGUCUCCUGACCUCAUGAUCUGCCUGCCUCGGCCUCCCAAAGUGCUGGGAUUACAGGCGUGAGCCACUGCGCCCAGCCAACACUAGUCAUUUUUAUUUUUUCACUGAACAUUGAUCAAUACUCUAAAAUGUUUGUCAUCCUUUAGAAUAAUGGGAAUUAAAGUUGAGCAGUUUUCCAUCUCUACCAAAUCCUUCACCACAAGCAGCAUUCUAUUACAGUAUGAAGAAUUGUCUCAUAUGUUAAAACUGCACUUUUCUCUAACCUUUCUCUCACUCCUACAAGGUCCUUUUCUCAAAUCAUAUUUCUGAGAGAAAUGUAUGGUUCUUUCUCGCAGGCCUGCUGAUUUGUAACUGUGCCAUCGAAUAGAGCAAUUAGAUCCAUCCGUCCUUUUUCCCCUCAUUAGGUUCAGUGGAACCAUUCUGGUUAAAACAGCAUGAACUGAACUCAGUUUACAUUCAUAUUCUAUGGGCAAUACCAUUUGGUUUUUGGAACUGUUUAUCUGCUGUUCCCUAUCAAGUAUUAACGUAGGGAUGUCACUGAGGCUGCAUUGCACUGGGCUGAGUUCAACUGCGACGCUCUCACUGACGCGUGCUUACAUGUGCUUCUCACUUCCGGAGCACAGGCAGGUGGCUGCGGGGUCCCAGCUCUGAAUGGAUGCCCGUGAUGCAACUGGGGCAGCCCUCGCUUUUUGCUUGCUCUCCCACAGAAACCUUUGUCCUUGCAACUUUAUCCUUUGCCCCAGUUGGGUCCCAGAUACACAAAAUGUACAAAUGUAAACUUGCUCAUUUUAUUAAAAUUCUUUUAGUUCUUU